AUGUGGAUGAUGUCCAAACUGAUUUCUCCAUUGUGGAGAACAGUUGAGGUGGAUGGAGACGACAUUUACCCCAAAGGAACAGGUCGAGAAAGUGCAGACGCUUGGGAGAAUGGAGGAAAAUCCUCAACAGAAGCGGACUCAUUGCAGCUUCGGCCUCUAAUUGGCACAAUUACAGCAUUUGAUAGAGAUGGAGGCUACAUUAACAGCAACACCUAUUUCUCAUGCCACAGUCUUUUGGAAGGUUAUGAGCCAAUGAAAGGAGACUGGGUCCAGGCAGAAUAUUUUAUCAAUCCAUGCAACUAUGCCACCCAAGCUAAAUCUGUGGCUCCCUUACGCUAUUGUCGCUUAGACAAGGUGCAUGUGACAAGUUUGAAUGGUAACAUGGGAGUGGUGGAUGACAGUGUUUUCUUCAGCCUGGACUCUGUCCUUCUGCCUGCUAACUAUCAACCUUUGCAAGGCCACUUGGUUAAUGUGGUAAUGGUAGGUAGUCAGUCUUUUUACAGCUGGCGGGCUCUGUGCAUGGCGCCCUGCCAUCAGAGUGUGAACUUUGCUGAUAAGCCUCAUCCAGAAGCUGAACUCAAGUGCAUUUUGGACAAAGGAGGGCUGGAUGUAACCGACUAUGGCUGUUUUGGGGACUUAAUGAUUGGGGAGAAAAGAGAGCUGGUGCUCUGGAUUCAGGUCAAAACCACUGUCGCUAAUCAAGAGGUUUUGCAGGAAAACUGCUCAGUGUCUGAGGCUGCUAUUGGGUCAUGUGCAAAAGAAGAAGAUGAUGAAAUGCUGAAGGAGGCUACCCACUUCCAUGGUGUAAGAAGAGAAGAAAGCAAGUUGGAUAUUCCUCCAGGAGAGAGAUUGUCCGUUGCUGUUGCCUGCCAAUCAAAGCGCCUUGAGGUCACAGUAAGAAGCAAAGUGGAGGAGCUGCUGAAGCCCUCUUUUCCUUAUAGUCCACUGAUGCCCAAACCAUUCCCACCAGUGUCUGCUUAUGAUCACGUAAUCACUGUCCCUGCACCAAGAGAUGCACCAAGGUUGCUGUCGCCGUCUAACUUGCAUUCGCGUUUUUCCACCCUUCUGUGGCUUGAGGAGUUGCAUGCAGAGCAGGAGGUGAAAGAAUUCACAAUCUAUGGAGCCAGUCUCAGAAAAGGAGCCACCUACCUGCACUUAGAGGUUCUAGGUUUGGCUGAACACAGACCCAGUCUUUUCCCAGGUGACAGAGUAGUGUUAAAGAAACCACAGAGUGAUGGUGUGGUAGUGAAGUACAUUAGUUAUGUCACAGAGAUCAAUAAUGAGGAUGUGAGUCUUAAAGUACACUCAGAAUUCCAGCGCAGCUACCUUGGAGAGCCACUAGAUGUUGAGUUUUCUUACAACAGAUUGACCGCACGGCACUGUCACUUUGCGCUUGAACAGGCUAAGCAGUUUAGAGACGGACAAGAUCCUGGAUACAAGCGGAUGGAGAAUGCCGUCCAAACCGCUGCCCAGCAAGGACACUUCUUUAACCCCUAUCUCAACCCCUCUCAGAAAGAGGCAGUGAAAAGAAUCUUAGUGGGAGAGUGUCGGCCAACCCCUUAUGUAUUGUUUGGACCCCCAGGCACUGGAAAGACCAUCACCCUUAUUGAGGCCAUACUACAGGUGUACAUACACACAAAACGCUACAGUAUGAAGUCGGAACUUGUUUGCACUCCAUCCAACAGCGCUGCUGACCUCAUCUGCAUCCGUCUACAUCACAGUGGUUUCUUGGGUGCAGCAAGUUUGGCUCGUGUCAAUGCAUCCUGUAGGCAUGAAGAGUCCAUCCCAGAAGUGUUGAGACCCUACUCGAGUGCAGGAGAAGAUGUUCGUCAUGCUGCGUUUCACAGGAUUGUAGUCAGCACCUGUGCCAGUGCUAGCAUGUUCAACAAAAUAGGACUACAAGUGGGCCAUUUUUCCCAUCUUUUCCUGGAUGAAGCUGGGCAGGCCACAGAACCGGAGUCCCUGAUCCCGAUAAGUCUUAUGUCAGAGAAAGAUGGACAGAUUGUGUUGGCUGGAGAUCCCUGUCAGUUGGGUCCAGUAGUGAAAUCAAAGCUGGCAGCUGCCUUUGGUCUGGGUGUUUCCCUGUUGGAGAGGCUGAUGGCCAACCCACUGUACUCUAGACACGACUGGGGAUACAACCCUAAACUGGUGACCAAACUGUUAUACAACUACCGUUCUCACGAAGCCUUGAUUGCGCUGUCGUCCAAGCUCUUCUACCAUGGUGAACUGUGUGUGAAAGCACCCAGGGCUGUUGUGGACUCCCUGUGUCAAUGGAAAACCCUGCCUAAAAAAGGCUUCCCACUUCUUUUUCAUGGAGUCAGGGGCACAGAAAUGAGGGAAGGAAACAACCCAUCAUGGUUCAACCCAGUGGAAGCAGUGCAGGUCAUGCUCUACUGCUGCCAGCUGGCAAAGAAGCUUUACAACCCUGUGGAUACCUCUGACAUUGGCAUUAUUACCCCCUACAGGAAACAAUGUGAGAAGAUUCGUUUGCUGGGUAAGGUGGGCCUCUCUGACAUUAAAGUGGGCUCUGUGGAAGAGUUCCAAGGACAGGAGUUCCUGGUCAUUAUCUUGUCUACAGUGCGUUCAAAUGAAUCGGUGGAUAAUAAUGACUUGCAAAGUGUUCUCGGCUUUCUGGCCAAUCCCAAGCGCUUCAACGUGGCAAUCACUCGUCCCAAAGCCCUGCUUUUAAUAGUUGGAAACCCCCACAUUCUCAUCAAGGACGCAUGUUUCAGGGCACUACUGCAGUAUUGUUUCAUCAAUGGGGGAUAUCUGGGCUGUGACCCCCCUCCCUCCCUCAGAGACUCUCAAAGCAGCACCAUCAAGGACCACAAAAGCCUAGAGGAAGCUGAAGAGAGCCUGCCGGUGGAUUUACCCCAGCAUUUCCAUGAGGCUGACCCUUAG